AUCCAGGAAGUAGAAAAACAUCAACAAUCCUUCCAGGUUUCUGGCUAGGGCGAAGUGUCAGUGUAGCCUAGCAGCGAAGUAGCUAAGCUUGAUUUUCUUGGGGUUUUCGCAGAUUUGUUUUAUUAUUUCUUUUUUAUAAUUAGUGUAACGUUAACUGUAGCGCUCCAGAUAUGUCGUUGUUUGGUAAGAUAUUUGGAGGAGGAGGAAAAGGAGGAAAGGGACCGAGCCCACAGGAGGCGAUCCAGAAACUCCGAGAGACGGAGGAGAUGCUAACGAAGAAACAGGAAUUUCUAGAGAAAAAGAUCGAACAGGAACUGCAAAUUGCCAAGAAAAACGGCACGAAAAACAAAAGAGCGGCUCUGCAAGCUUUGAAAAGAAAGAAGCGGUAUGAGAAGCAGCUCGCUCAGAUUGACGGCACGCUGUCGACCAUCGAGUUCCAGAGAGAGGCUCUGGAGAACGCCAACACCAACACUGAAGUGCUCAAAAACAUGGGCUUCGCUGCCAAGGCCAUGAAGUCUGCCCAUGAAAACAUGGACAUUGACAAGGUGGACGACCUGAUGCAGGACAUUACUGAGCAGCAGGAGCUGGCCCAGGAAAUCUCUGACGCCAUCUCUAAACCUGUCGGCUUCGGAGAGGAGUUUGAUGAGGAUGAGCUGCUGGCGGAGCUGGAUGAGCUGGAACAGGAGGAGCUGGACAAAAACCUGCUGGAGAUCGGGGGACCAGAGAACGCCCCCCUCCCCAACGUGCCUUCUACUUCAUUACCUUCCAGACCUGCCAAGAAAGAGGAGGACGAGGACGAUAUGGAGGACCUGCAGCGCUGGGCGAUGGAAGCCAUGUAAACGCAGCAUCUGCCACAUCAUACCUGCAUCAGAGAGGGAAGAGGAAGGAGCAUGGGAAAGAAUGGACUGAUAGGAUGUUGUGUAUGAGUAUAUUUUUGUGUGUCUGAGGAGCGCUGACUUGAUGUAACACUACGAAAAAGCGAAAAUGCUGUAGACUUUGUUUUCAUGUCCCCUUCACGAAUACAGAGACCCCUGGGUGCUCAGCCAAUGAGCCAGUCAGGGGCUUUUAUAUUGAAGCUCUGUCACUGUAUACAAUAUUUUUACCCUCAAUUUUAACACAAUACUAGCACUUAAUGGUCAUUGACUGGGCAGGGUUAUUUCAGCAUCCACAUAGUUCAUACUGAGGUGUAAUAAUAUGAGCUCUGUGGUGCAACAACGGAGUUGUUGUCAGAUUAGUGUUACAGGCUGCGUGGCUUUGCUAACGUCACUGGAUGACGGGGAAUUUUCACGGGGGCUAAAUCCUCAAAGAUCCGUUUCCGACUCACAUAUUUACCUCUGUUUGUGGCGUUAAACUGGCUUGAUGUUUGUUUGUUUUUCCUUCUUGACAAAAAUAACAGUCCUUUGCUCUCUGUUUUUUGUUAAUGCUGUUGAAAAUAGGAGAACAGCUGAGCAUGAGCUGGAUGACGAAGCUAUGAGCUGUGUGUCUGUCAGAAUCCGAACCUCUUCUUUUGUUUCAGGCUGCGUGCUUUGUCCCUUUCCCUCCUCCUCUCUCCUCUUUCACUUCUGUCGCCAUUUCAGCGACUUUUACCUCCCUCAAAGGCGUUUUCACCAGUGGUUCUUGUUAUUUGGUGUAAAUAUCCCAAAUGUGUCUCUUUUUAUAUACUGUAUUUCUGCCAUCACUGAAAGGUUCUGUUGAGGUUGUGUGAAGCAUACAACAUUGGGAAAUCACAAUACAGAUCACAACGCACGGCUAGAAAGAGAGAUGUUAAACCUAACCGUUUCAUCCUGCUCUGUCUGUCUCGGUCCUUCUCAUAAGGGUUUUUGUUUCAAACUGUAUAAUGUUGAAAAAUAAUAGUAAUAAUAAUAAUAAAGUAUUAUCACAUCGUA